CAAACUAACUAAACUAGCUGCUAACCGGUAAAAACACAGUGAUCAGCUGACGGAACACUGAGCUUGUUAGCCCAGCUGUCUCUGUAGUCUGGCUGCCCUUUGUCUUUACAAUCAAGUGAGCUAGCAGGCGUAGUUUCUUCCUCGGGCUCGCUCACGUCGGCUUGACCAGUUAAUUUAUUUAUUUAUUUUUCUUCGCCUGACAAGCGUGAAGCAGACCAAGAUAGGCGGCUUGGAAACCAAGAUGUCGAACCAAGUGGUGUGCAGAGAAGCAACUCAUUCCGGGAGCUGGUACUCUGCUUCGGGUCCUCAGCUGAAUGGACAACUAGAGGGGUGGCUGUCCCAAGCGCAGUCCACAUUCAGACCUGCUAGAGCCAUCAUAGCGCCGCAUGCAGGGUACACCUACUGUGGAGCUUGUGCAGCACAUGCCUACAAGCAGGUUGAUCCCUCUAUUACUCGUAGAGUGUUCAUCCUUGGACCAUCACACCACGUGGCCCUUUCCCGCUGUGCCCUGUCACCUGCACACAUCUAUAGAACACCUCUCUAUGACCUGAGAGUCGACCAGAAGAUUUAUUCUGACCUCUGGAAAACUGGGUUGUUUGAGCGGAUGAGUCUGAAGACGGAUCAAGACGAGCACAGUAUUGAAAUGCACUUGCCUUACAUUGCUAAAGCCAUGGAGAGCCGCAAAGAUGAGUUUAGCAUCAUCCCUGUGCUUGUGGGUGCCCUGAGUGAGUCUAAGGAACAGGAAUAUGGAAAGGUGCUCAGCAAGUAUCUGGCAGACCCUUCCAACCUUUUUGUAAUCUCAUCUGACUUCUGCCACUGGGGUCAUCGGUUCCACUAUACAUACUACGAUGAAUCUCAAGGGGAGAUCUACAGGUCUAUCGAACAUCUUGAUAAAAUGGGGAUGGGCAUUAUAGAGCAGCUGGAUCCCAUGUCUUUCACCAACUACUUGAAGAAGUACCGCAACACCAUAUGUGGACGUCACCCAAUUGGAGUGCUGUUAAAUGCUGUGGCCGAGCUGAGGAAGUCUGGUUUAGAAAUGGACUUCUCUUUCCUGAACUACGCCCAGUCAAGUGAGUGCAGGAACAGGCAGGACAGCUCCGUGAGUUAUGCUGCCGGAGCGCUCAUCGUUCAUUGAGGUUGACUUCCGCAGGGGCUAAUGCAGCGCUGCCACCCUGUCCUUACUAUCUAUCGCCAUAACCCCAACACCCUCCCUGUCACCCCGACCCCAGUUGCACCCACUAUUUACUGGAAGGACCUAGACACUCGAAGCCAAUACAGUCCUCUGUCUCUCCCUCUUCCCAGUUUGAAGUGAGUCUCAGAGAGUUUGGUUGAUGCAUUUUUCUUGAAGUGCGGUUUUGAGAUUAUGUUAGAGCAAAUGGUUUGACGAGAUGGGAAGAAUGCAUAUUAAUUUGGCUUAGUGUACACAUUGGGAGGGAAAUAAUUAUUAGUUGUUUUUUUUGCAAGGACUGUAGUUGUCCUCUUAGUCCAUUUUUGUUUUCCUGAAAAACAGUGGGUUUGAGUUGUAAUGCAAUAUUUACAUUUGGCCUCUUGGCAAUUUGUGCUCAUGUAAUUUGCAUCAGAAAAGGAAUAAAAAAUAAAACUGCAGCUCGAAAUGGAGAACACUGAAAUGUUGCCAGAUAAUAAUGAAGUGAGUGUUUUGACUGACUGCUUUAACAGUGUCAUGGGAAAUUUCUACUAAUGCAUAACGUCCUAUAUUGUAGUUGCUAAUAAAGGGCUGCACCCAACAGAGUUCACUAACUCCCUGUACAAAACCAAAAACAUUAUUACCCUCAUAUUAGCUGAUCAAAUAUGAUCUUUUAUUCACAUUUUAUUCCUUUUCAUUUAUUCCUUUUUUUAGUACUAUUACUAGGCACAAUGGUAUUUACUUAAUUAGUGUUCAGAUUUGAACAAAAGCAGUGUGAUCAGUGAAGCUGCAAAGUCAACAACAUAGUUUACCUUUUAAAUUAGCUGUGCAACACUGCUCCCAGAUUCCAUACAUGUGUAGCAUCAUAGAUAUGUUUUUCCGGGUCCAGACUGUGGUUAAACGUUUGCCACAGGACUGUCAUCAAACUUGGAUAUAUUGUGCAAAAGACUCCAACACUGACAUCUCUAGUCUUUGUUUACACUGCCACCUUAAAUCUCUGUUGUUAUUGAACUGUCAAAUAGAAGACUCUAUUAGAGUUAUAGAUGUACAGUAGGUCAUAGUUCAGUAAAUGAGGUUAGGUUUGUUGCACAUUCAGAUCUGUUAGAGCAGCAUCACUUUUGUUUUGCCUGGAACAAAAUAGCGAGGUGGUUAAGGCUUAGAUGGUCUGAUAAACUGAUUGAACUGUUACUAAAUCUAUUUGUUAGGUUGUAAUUUACAGCUCUUUCUCGUCAUACAGUAUGAUUUGAUUUAAGAAUACAAAAUGUUAUUGGGAAGAUUUCGGUCUUUAUCCUCAAUCAAAUGUUUGUAUUUACAGUUUUGCUGCUCUCCAUUCAAUGAGAGUAUUUUUAUGACAAGAUUAGCAAACAUGAAUGAAUGGAGUUCAGCACAGAGUUAUUAUGUAAUGCUUCUAUCCUUGGGUGACAGAUGCUGUUGGAUGUAAACGUAUAAUAUACUGUAUUUUUCAGUUAUUUGCAGUGUAAUCCUGCUGCCUGAAAUAUUCCUGCAAUAUUUUCAUGUAUUUUCAAACUGCAUUUAAAAUAUGAAUACAGAAAUGUGCCACCUAAGGCUUUCAGUAAGAUUAUGACAUCUUUGUCAGUGGCUGCCUUAUGAUGCCACAUUCCCAUCAACACGAUGCAGUCCACUAACACUGGUCUCCCUCUUUCAGCGCCAUUUCAAUAUCUGGUUGAACCAAGUGAGCAUAGACUGAUAACUGAAUCUCUGAUGUUUCUGAUGCUAAUUUAAGGGAAACUAGUAAAGCAUGACACACUGUGUGCUAUUGUGCCUUUUAUCACUGUUGCACAUAUACAUAUAAAGCUUUUUCUCUUUUUUAGUCUUAUUCUAAAAUGUGUACUUUUAGUUAUUGUUUUUUUUCUACAUGUAUCAUCCCUCCUUUGCCUAUAGUGUCCGACAAUGCCUCCAUGUCACCCAGCACUCCAGGUGUAUUUGACCUGUCCCUUGUAUCUGUUGGCCCAAAAUGGCACCAACUGUUAUCUCCUCUCUCCAGCAGGGAGUGGUAUACUGUUCUCUCCACCUCACCUCAUUCCUGUAGAGAGAGAGAGAGGCAAAGGCUGAACCUCAACACUGUUCGUUUUCUGUUAAUGGAUCUUUGUUUGUCUCUUAGAAAAUGAUUUUUGUAUUAUUUGUCUCUUGCUUAGAGAAUGGGAACUUACACAACACAAACCUAAAAUAUACUACUUAACUGCUCCAUGAAUGGAGUUGUUUCGAUCUCAGGUUCCACUGACAAAGCAUCCCAAAAUCCUUCAAUAAAGGCUGUGGAUUCAUGUUACAAACAAGUAAAAUGUACUGAAAAGCC